AUGGCUCCAGAAAUGUAUGAAGAAAUGUACGAUGAGUCAGUAGAUGUAUACGCGUUUGGAAUGUGCCUCCUUGAAAUGGUUACUGGUGAAUAUCCCUAUAUGGAGUGCCAGUUUCCAGCGCAAAUCUAUCGUAAAGUCACUACGGGUGUGAAGCCGGAGUGCUUCAACAGAAUUCCUCAACAAUAUCCUGAGAUACGAGAAAUUAUUGAUCGUUGUAUCCGUGUUCGUCGUGAAGAGCGAAGUACUGUAAAACAGUUGUUAGCUGACGACUUCUUUACUCCAGAGGAGCUCAUCGGUAUCCGUGUUGAGAUUAAAAAUCGAGAUUUAGAUCUUUCUGAGCUGAAUGUAGAGAUCCAGAUGCAGUUGACGGUAUAUGAUGAGAAAAAACGGAAGCAAUAUCGAUUUAAAGAGAACGAGGGACUCCAGUUUGCUUUUGAUAUCGAAAAUGAUACAGCUGAAGAGGUAGGGGUUUUGAAACAAGAGUUUCUGCCAGAGCUUUCUCGUAUUGGAAUUUUGAAGUGA